UAUCCGGUACCUUUUCCUUUUAUCCGUUUGUUUUGGUUUGUAGAAAUGAGCGACGGCAGCGAUUCUGUGGGCACCCCGACGGGCCAGGUGGAUGCACCUGUUCGCCCGACUUCUGCAACGAUCAAGGCCCCAUUGGCCACUCCAGAUGCUAACCUAGGUGUUCACAUCGCUAACCGACUGGUGGAGAUCGGCUGCACCACCUGCUUCGCUGUGCCGGGCGACUUCAACCUGCUGCUGCUGGACCAGCUGCUGAAGCACCCGGAGCUGGAGUGCGUGUGGUGCUGCAACGAGCUGAACGCGGGAUAUGCGGCGGACGGAUACGCACGCAAGCGGGGCGUGGGCUGCGUGUGCGUCACCUUCUGUGUGGGAGGCUUCAGCGCCCUCAACGCGGUCGCUGGCGCUUACAGCGAGGACCUGCCGCUCAUCGUCAUCAGCGGCGGCCCCAACAGCGGCGACCACGCAAGCAACCGGGUGCUGCACCACACAACCGGACACAACGACUACGGACAGCAGCUGAGGGCGUUCAGGGAGGUCACGUGCGCGCAGGUCGUCAUCCAGCACAUCGAGGACGCGCACAUGCUGCUGGACAGCGCCAUCAGCGAGGCCAUGCUGCGCAGGAAGCCGGUGUACAUCGAGGUGGCGUGCAACCUGGCCGACCUGACGCACCCCAGCUUCGCGCGCCCCCCCGUGCCGUACGCGCUGGCCACCAGCCACACCAACACCGCCUCCCUGGAGGCUGCGGUGGAGGCGAGCGUGGAGUGGCUGGGGCGGGCGGUGAAGCCGGUGCUGCUGGCGGGUGUUCGCACCCGCCCCGCCCGCACCCGCUCCGCGCUGCUCUCCCUGGCCGCCGCCACCCGCUACCCGGUGGCCACCAUGCCGGACGCCAAGGGCAUGUUCCCCGAGGACCACCCGCAGUACAUGGGCAUGUACUGGGGUCCGGUCAGCUCCCCCUGUGUGUGCGAGGUGGUGGAGAGCAGCGACGUGGUGCUGUGCGUGGGGGGAGUGUGGACGGACUACUCCACCGCCGGCUACUCGCUGCUGCUGAAGCCGGAGAAGAUGAUCCGAGUGGACAACAACCGCGUCACCCUGGGCAGCGGCCCCACCUUCGGCUGCAUCGUGAUGGCGGACUUCAUGGAGGCUCUGGCGCGCAGGGUGGCGCCCAAUGACACGGGUCUGGUCAUCUACAAGCGCAUGGCCCUGCCGCCCACCGAGCCGCCGCCGCAGGGCGAGAAGGAGAUGCUGCGAACCAACGUGCUGUUCAAACACAUCCAGCACAUGCUGACCCCCACCACCUCCCUCAUCUCCGAGGUGGGCGACUCCUGGUUCAACACGCUCAAGCUCAGGCUGCCGCCCGGCUGCGAGUACGAGCUGCAGAUGCGGUACGGCUCCAUCGGCUGGAGUGUGGGUGCGGUGCUGGGCUACUGCUGCGCGGAGCGGCAGAGCCACCCGGACCGGCGGGUGCUCGCGUGCAUCGGGGACGGCAGCUUCCAGAUGACGGCGCAGGAGGUGAGCACCAUGCUGCGCUACGGGCUGGACCCCAUCAUCUUCCUCAUCAACAACGGGGGCUACACCAUCGAGGUGGAGAUCCACGACGGCCCCUACAACAUCAUCAAGAACUGGGACUACACGGGGCUGGUGCGGUCCUUCCAGAACGGGGAGGGCAAGCUGUGGACGGCGGAGGUGAGGCGGGGGCGGACGUGGUGACAGCCCUGACAGGGAAAAGGGGGAACAUAAAAGAACAUCAUCUACGGAACGACAACCAACGUUCCGUAGGCGUAGGUUGUCCUUGUGUGGAACCAGACGAUGGCGGCAGGACGCACGGCCCUCCAUCGGAACCACCAAUCAUCCUCCCGCUCCCCUUUCCUCACCUCUCCCUCCCACCUUCACCCCCCCCCCCACUCCGAGGGGGGGGUCGGGCAGGGUGGGAUGCUUUGGUGCACACAGCCGCAUGACAGCCCCAGCUAAGCAGCGGAGCUUACAUACGUUAUGCUGCUGACAGCAUUGCAGCACAGACAUCAGGUCUAGCGCAGUGGAGCCAGUUAUCACAGUAGCAGCCGCCUUUUAUUCGCCAAUGCAGAGUGAUCUCAGAUCACCCCAGCCGCCACGGAGCUUACAAUACGGUUUGUUACUGAUUGAUGCUACUAACUAUACAACAACUACAAUUAUACGCUAACCCAACUAUCCAGCCUAAUGCGGAUUCUGUUUCCAUAUUAACCCCCCCACUCCCCCCAGGCCCGAACGGAGCCCGAGCUGGUGGCCGCCAUCAGCGAGGCCACCCAGCGGCGCGGCCAGCUGUGCUUCAUCAUGGUGGUCACGCACCGCGACGACUGCAGCAAGGAGCUGCUGGAGUGGGGCAGCCGGGUGGCGGCGGCAAACAGUCGCAAGCCGGGUCAUGCGGCGGCGCACUGAGGAGGAGGAGGAGGAGGAGGAGGUGGAGGGGUUAAAGAGGCAAAAAAGAAGAAGAAUGGAAGAUGGCCCAAUGCUCAAGAUGCCAGCAUGCGUUGUUGUGUGGUAUUGCACGCGUAAGGAGGUUGUUGCUGCACGCAUGUGCACAUGCGGAGGUGUGUGUGUGGGGGGGGGUGCAUGAUCGCAGGCAGGUCUCGUUGCAGCCGGCGUAAAGGAAAUUGUUGUGUAUGGUAGUGUGUUGUCAUGAGCUCAUAACGCAGAGACGUUGUCGGAUAGUGUGGGUGAGGGGUGUGUGCGUGCCAAAGUGUGGCGGCCGGGUGUGUAUUGACACAGUGGCUUCCCUCCGCGGCAGGGGGGGAUUGUGUACGGCAAGCAAGCGCUUGUACGGAAUGUUAAUGUACGAGUGGGGGACGGGAUUUGCAAACCGUCGUACGGGCCAAACGUGCCCGAUGUGUCCGCGUUGCGCAUGUUGUAAUUCUUUGGUUAAUAACACUUGCGUGCAUGAGUGUAGCGGACAGCGUUGUGUAUGCUGUUGUGGUUCCAUUCUCUGCGCUCCGUUGUUGUACAAUUGAGAUGGGGUUGGGUUGCUUAGGUAUGGGGGAGUUGCCAGGAGUGGUAUCCCCCGCGGCACCGGUCGGAUUGUAGGUUCUUGUACAUGUCCACAUCCCCAGGGGUAUCUUUACCGCCGGUCGUCGUUACCCUUGUAAUUUAAUGCUUCCCU